AGGCCACUUGCCUCCUCAAGGGUGAGCCCCGCGAUGGUGUUCCCGCCGAGCUUGAGGACUUUCGGGGAGGCGGUGGAAUCUCAUUCCUGCUGGGGAUACAGAUUGAAAGCCUAUUGGACGACAAGGAAUAUGAUCUCGUGGACGACCAGAGCCAUGUAGCACUCAGCAAGUCAGAUGUCACAUGCCAGCAGCUCAUUGUUCAACAAGGAAAAAUUAUCAACCACACGUCCACACGGUCAGCACCCUAGUCCAAAUUUAAUACACCCUCCAAAGCCUGUCUGUAACUCUGUAUAUAUAUACGCGCGUGCGCCGGGAAAUCACACUGACAGUCGGUGACCGACCGCUUCACACCCCUGAUCACUUCUCUGCUCGCGCGCUCUGUGCUUCGUUAUUCCAUGGCCACCUCCGCCACGCCGGGUCAGUCUGGCCCUGUCCCGUUCAAAGACGUCGACGACGGCUCAGUCCCGAAGCACACUCCCAAGGAGGAGUUCGGCGACCUCGUCUCGGCGCUGCCGCGCAGGCAGCAGUCCAUCCUUCAGCUGCGCCUUUACCAAGGCUUCUGGCUACUGGCGCACCGGGUGCCUGGCAUCGUCGUCUUUCAGCGCCGCUUUGCACCGCGCCCCGACGACGUGGUCCUCGCCAGCUAUCCCAAAUGCGGCACCACGUGGCUCAAGGCGCUGGCCUUCGCCGCCGCGGCGCGCGGCACGUACCCGCCCGCCAGCGAAGAGCACCCUCUCCGCCGGCUCAACCCGCACGACUGCAUCCCAUUAAUCGACGAGAUCUUUACUGCCGGGGAGGAGACCAAGCUUGACAUGCUCCCGUCGCCGCGCCUCAUGAACACUCACCUGCCGUACACCCUGCUCCCCGAGCCGGUCACUGCCGGUGGCUGCAAGCUCGUAUACAUCUGCAGGGACCCCAAGGACAUGGUCGUCUCGCUGUGGCACUUCUUUCGGCGUGCCCAGCCGGACCUCUCGUUCACCGACACGUUCGAGUCCGUCUGCGACGGCACGGUGUUGGUCGGUCCGGUCUGGGACCACGUCCUCUCUUACUGGCGCGCGAGUGUUACGCACCAGGACAGAGUGCUCUUCCUGAAGUACGAGGACAUGCUGCGAGACACGGGCGCGAACGUGCGGAGGCUGGCCAAGUUUAUGGGACAGCCGUUCUCGGCCGCCGAAGAGGGCGCCGGCGCCGUCGCAAGCAUCGUGGAGCUGUGCAGCUUCGACAAGAUGAAGGGGUUGGAGGUGAACAAGGCUGGCACCAUGGGGGCAUACUUGGGCAUGCCGCGCGACGCCUUAUUCAGGAAGGGGGUCGCCGGAGACUGGGCGAACCACAUGACUCCGGCGAUGGCGACGCGGCUGGACGAGAUCGUGCGUGAGAAGUUUAGUGGAACAGGGCUCACCUUCACAUAAUCAUCUCGUGAUGCCGACAUUUGUGGAGCGAAUCUUUAUGAUUCUCUCCUUUUGCUAUGUGCUUUAAUAACUGUACCUGCACGGGAUGGAUGCUUCCGUGCCACAUUACGGAAUAAGUUUGGCACACUUGUAUUUUAUUCGAUUUCAAAGCGUGGCAGACACAAAGCAAUGUGUACAUGUAUCAAAUAAAGAAAUGAAUUUGAUUUCCUUAA